CAGGCCGUCUCUCCCCUCCGCCAUCCUCCUCUCGCCCAUGCACGACGACAGCCUCGACGAGGAGGACUAUCUCUCAAGCCGGCGCCCACACACUCUGCCUUUGACCCUCCGAUAUGCCGCCAUCAGUCUCUGUACACCAGCUCUACAGACGUCUCGAGACCGUCGGCAAGGGUGCUUAUGGCUCGUUCACAAAGGCGUCGACAUCGCCACCGGAAACGUCGUUGCACUCAAGAUCAUCAACCUCGACACCGAGGAUGACGACGUUGGCGACAUCCAGCGCGAGGUGCCCUUCUCACCCAACUACGUGACGCUCCGAACAUCACCCAUUACUAUGGCUGCCACCUCGAUGGUCCGCGCGUCUGGAUCGUCAUGGAGUACGCACAAGGAGGCAGCGUCCGCACGCUCAUGAAGGCAUGCAAGGACGGCGUCGUUGAGGAGAAGUACGUCUCUGUCAUUAUGCGUGAAGUCCUCGCCGCUUUGAGUUACCUGCACAAGUCCUCCAUCAUACACCGUGACCUCAAGGCCGCUAACAUCCUCAUUACUGCCACCGGAAAGGUCAUGAUCUGUGACUUUGGUGUAUCCGCUCUCCUGGUGACCGCCUCAAGCAAGCGAAACACACUCGUCGGGACUCCUCACUGGAUGGCUCCCGAAGUUGCCCAAGGUUCUGCCUAUGACACCAAGGCAGACAUCUGGAGCUUAGGAAUUGUGAUAUACGAGAUGGUCAAGGGCUCUGCGCCCAACUCACAUAUGAUGGAUCAGGCGAAACUUAUUCAAAUGCUCCCGCGAAUGAAGCCUCCUCGGCUCAUCGAAGGCGAGGGAAGUAAAGAGAUGAGAGAGUUUGUCGCACACUGCUUGAGAGAGUCCCCAAAUGAUCGUCUUAACGCCGAUGACCUUUCAAAGACGAAAUGGAUAAAGACUGUAGCAAAGGUCCCGGUAACAACCUUGAAAGACCUCAUCCUGCGAUACGACACCUGGACACAGGGCGGCGGGACGCGUGCCAGCAUUGCGGAUUCCUUGCCGUGGGAGCAAGAAGAGCUGAGAGACUCGCUUCCGGACGACAACCUAGAGGACCACGACGACUGGCAGUUCGACACCGUUCGUGGACGACCAUCACUGGACGUUGGACAGCCAGAUACAGAUACAAGUCUCCUCGUUGCAGACGACGACUCUUCCUCCUACCCUACAAUUAGGCCACCAGUAUCGAAGGUCCCACCAACAUUGCGAAUGCUGUUCGAAGACGACAGUGCUGGCACCGCGGCGGACCCAUUCCGCAUACCGGGCAUGGACCAGUCUCAGACAGAUUCCCUUCUCAGCUCGUUGUCUCCCGCUCGCGGUCGUAGUCCAUUCAAGCCUCCAGCAUCAAUCGAUAUGAAUGCCGAGUCUCCGGAUACCGCCAAACAGGCUGACUUUCAGCUCCACCACGAACGUCGACCCCCCGCGGGAAGUCGAAGCUGGGGCACGCCUCUCGAAAGGAUGACGGGGAUGACCCGUUACCUUCGUUGGGACCUGGUAUCCCUUUGGGUAGCUCGUCUGGCCCACUGAGUGCCCCAGCAUUUGAUAGCGGGAGGCUACCCAGAUCGACCCCCAAUUAUCGCGAAGUGCGCUCCACCCGCGGGUUCGCGGACAUCGAGAUCCCCGACCUCUCUGACGAUUCCUUUUUCAACAUCCCCGCUGACCCUUCCGUCUCUACACCUCCCAUCGUCCUCUCAUCCUCAUCACCAGAGCGCCCAUUAGAUCGCCCGACUCUGAGUCGAAAGCGAUCGCAUAGUAACGUGUCCAACUCGGUUCCCUCGCCUUUCAGAAGCACCCUGGAAAGGAUAGCACCCCUCCACCGUCAUCUGGCUUCCGUUUCCCCGCCGUUCCUGGC